AGCACCAAGGCCAAUAAUGGGAUUGUUCAGCCAACGAGCCGCAGGCUGGCGGCGCUUCCUGGCGCCUUACUAUGCAUACAGCGCGGUGCUCAUUGCGUCGUACUGGCUGACCCGCAGCUGGUUCCUGUCGCACGGCGGCCACGCCAAGUACACGCACGUGUACCACACCGGCGCUCUGUUUCAGAAGGAGCGCUUUGCGGUGACGCUGCUGGCCAUGGCGCUGGCUAUCAAGUACUGGCGGCGGCAGAGCCUCGACUCCUUCCUGUCCGACGCCCUCACCUACAGCAAGAGCCUGGUGGUGCUGAUGGUGUGGUACAUGGACUGGAGAAUCUCGGUCUACUACGUCUUGCUCUUCCUGGUCAUGUACCUGGUCUUCCCGCAGCCCAUCUUCCAGGGCGCCUCCGCCGUGGAGCAGUUCACACCCGCCUCCUUCCAGAGCAUGGUGGCAGAGAACCCGCAGCCCGGCCUGACCUGGCUGGUGGAGUUUUAUGCGCCCUGGGCGCCGCCCUGCAUCCACCUGGAGCCCGUGUUUGCUGAGCUGUCGCUCAAGUUCACCACGCCGCAGCUGCGCUUCGGCAAGGUGGAUGUCAGCAGGUGGCCGCAGCUGGCGAAGCAGCACAAGGUGGCCGUGUACGGCACCCUGCCGCAGCUGCCCACCUUCAUUUCCUUCAAGGGCGGCAAGGAGGAGGGCCGCAUCCCGCACGUGUUUCCAGAUGGGAGCGUGGCCACCAUCAAGAUCAGGAGAGAGGACAUCGUCACAGCCUUUGCGCUGGACGAGUUCCUGGAGGAGGCCAAGAAGGCAGAGGGCAAGAAGAAGGCGGCGGCUCCCGCCAGGGGCGCCGGCGGCGGCAGCGCCAAGAAGAAGCAUUGACUUGCGGCUGCCCUGCUGCCCCGGCUGGCCAGCAGCCCCAAUGUUUGAAUUCAGCAGGAAACAAGCCAUUUGGACGCUGUAAAGCGCAUUAAUA